AUACAUAACGUUGUGCAAUGCAUUGAUUUUUUGCUUUAUUUUUAUUUGUUAUAUUAAAAUAGAAGUGAAAAGUACCAAAAGAACUUUUAUAUGAAUUUUUAUGAAUUCAUAAAUUUUUCAAUAUGAGUUUGGAUGAUGUUUUAUAUUUAUUAUGCUUGCUUACAUCUAUCGCAAUUGGACCUUACUUUUGUAAAUUAAAAAAUGAUUCGGAAAAGAAGUUAUAUGGAACCAUUUUGGGUGUAUUAGUUGUUUUUAUUGUUUCCGGAUUUCACAUAUUACACUGCUUUAUAUCAUUUGCUUUAUGCGCUGCAGCAAUUUUAUGCCUUCAUCCUUGUCAAAGCCAUGUAGUAAGUUUUUUCAUUAUGUUUGGAUACCUGGCCUUUUUCAGAAUAACAAGUGUUUUCGGAAUACCAUCUCCGCCAGGUCCAACAAAUAUGGUUCAAAUGAUUCUUACGUUAAAACUUGCCGGAGUAGCUUUUGAAAAAAAUACAGCCUACAAUAAUAUAUUGCAAAGAAAUAAAGAUUUAUCUGCCAAAACAUCUGAGAAAACAGAUAAUAAUGAGAAAAAAGAUGUUGAAUCAAAGCCAAUUAUUGAACUGACGGAAUAUGAUAUGGAAUUACAAAAUAUAAAUGUUUCUGAUUUAUUCCAUUAUUGUUUUAAUUAUAUUGGAAUAUUAACAGGCCCGUAUUAUCGCUAUAGGACUUACAGAGACUACUUCGAAACCCCAUUCAGUCACCAUGCUGACUCAAAAAGUGCUACAAUUGAAAAAUUAAAGUGGUGUGCUACAUAUGGGAUAAUUCAUGUGAUUGCUGGAUAUUUCUGGCCUUUAAGUUAUGUUUUGGAAGCAGAAUUUUAUGAACAACGUUCUUUAUUAUAUCGUUUCUUUUACAUAUGGCCCACAUUUUUGAUAUUUAGAAUGAGAAUUUAUACUGGUCUAAUAUUGGGCGAAUCUGUUUGUACAAGUGCGAGCUUUGGUGCAUACCCGGACGAGUCCGACGUUGCAAAGGGAGAAGGUCCAAGAAAGCAAUAUCUCCAUUUAAAAAGGGAUUGUGAAAAACGUACUUAUAAUUUCGAUACCAUUAAAAAUAUCGAUGUUUACUAUGUUGAAACUGGCCCAAUGUUUCGAGAAACUUUGCGGAAUUGGAAUAUAUGCGUUCAGUAUUGGUUAGCUAUGAAUGUUUAUAAAAGAUUCCCCAGCAAAAAAUAUAGAACGGUUGUUACGCUAUUAACUUCGGCUUUUUGGCAUGGAUUUUACCCUGGUCAUUACCUCUGCAUAAUGGGAGGACCAUUUUAUGUACCUAUUGAAGAUAUUCACCAUAAACUUUGGAGAAAAGACGCUACAGGCUUAAAAAGGAAAGUGAUUGAUAUUAUGUUUUUGUUUUCCAAAUUCUUCGCUUUAAGUUAUUUAGGAAUGGCUUUUGUACUAUUAACAUUUAAGGAAAUUUGGCAUUAUUAUUCAUCUGUAUAUCACUUGGGUUACAUUUAUUACUUUAUCUUAGUAAUAACGGGACUACUGGCCGCUAAACAAAAAAAACAAACGGAGAAAGCUGAAAAACCGCGCAAUGACACUGAAAAAAAAGUAGAAUAAUUCUUGUUUAUAAUUUUGUUAAGCCAAAAAGAGAUCUAAGCAUGUAUUUUUAUACUUUAUAUAAUUUUUUUUAAAAACUCAUUGAAAUAAUUUGUAAAUUGAUAUUAAGUUUUCGUAGUUAUAUUGUUCUGUUAUAAGUUCAAGAUAUGUUAUCUUUCAUACAAACGUUAUCAAAAGUAAAAAGAAAAAAAUAGAGCUAAUUACACAAAACAGACAACUUAAAGAUUGAUUAAAGUUCAGUUACUAGUCAGACAAAAACAAAAAAUUGUAAUGAGUCAUCCUAUUUGCCAUAAAAAAAAUGAUAUUCUUUUUAGUAGACAAAUUUUGUAGCAUUAAUCAGUGAUAGAACACAAAGCUGUCUACCAAUUAACAUGUUAAUUUCGAUUUAAUCAUGCGUAUAUUAUAGUUAAAAGAAAUAUGUACAUCUUUAGUAAAAAUCUUUAAUUAUUUGAGAUAAGCUACUGUACCUAUUAAAAUUUAAGAAUAAAAAGAAAACUACGUAUGGAAUAAAUGGGAAAUUGUCAUGCA